AUGGCCAUGGUGCAGCCGGCGGACAUGGCCGUCAAGGCCAACGAGAUCCUCGCGCGGUUCCGGCCCAUCGCGCCCAAGCCCGCCCUGCCGGCGUCGCCGGUGCAGGCGAUCGACGGCGCCGCCGACCGCGUGCUCUGCCACCUGCAGAACAGGCCGUGCCGGGCAAGGAAGCGCGGGCGCCCGAGCGCCGUGCCGGUGUCCGCGCCGGCCGCUGCCGCCAAGAGGAAGAGGGCGGCGUACCCGGUGCCGCUCCGGUGCGCGGCGGCGGCGGCCACCGACGCGGUGGUGUCCACCGCGAUGAGGGCCUAUGUGUCCGUGCCGGGCAGUGCAUGCAUGCCGUUUGCGUCCCUCCCGCCGGCGACCGCGAGUACCGGCGGGAAUCUGACGAUGCUCUCGACGACCAUGGUGGCGGGCGACGACGAAGAGGAGGAGAGGGACGUCCCCGUGGAGCGCGACCUGCUGCGGAAGCUGCUGGAGCCCAAGGUGAUCUCGCCGCGGGCGAUGCGCCCCGUAGGAUCCACCAUCCACGUCGAAUCCAUCGUCCCCGGCGCCGUCGACGCGACCAGCACCGCCGCCUCGAAGACGGCGGAGGAGGUGGAGGCGGAGGUGGAGACCGACGCGCUCCCGGCGGUCGUCACGGACUCGAGCAACCGCGUCCGGCUGGUGAACGACGCGUACAAGGAGAUGGUGGGCGCGCCCGAGUGCCUGUGGCUCGGCGCGGUGGCCGCGUCGAGGAGGAUCAGCGGGGAGGUGGCGCUGGUGGUGGCCGAGCAGGCGACGCUGCCGGAGUCCCCAGGGGGGUUCUCGUGCACGGCGAAGAUCGAGUGGGAGUGCCGCGGCGGCGAGCGGGCUUCCUUCCAUGCAGCGUGCGACGUCAGCCGGCUGCAGUGCGAGUACAGGCACUACCUCUUCGCCUGGAGGUUUCGCACCGCCGAUGCAUCAUCGUCCGGCAGCAGCCACCGCGCCGGCGGCGACGCAUGAGACACUCAAGACCCCAAGCAGCGUGCGAAACUAAGUGCAUAGGUCAUAGAUUAAGGUGCAUGUUUUGUUACUGUUAAACUACUAGGUUAAGGUGCAUGUUUAGUGGUACUGGUAAACCUAGGUGAACUGUUUCCUUUUUUGGGAAGCCUGCAUGGUGCAUGCCCGGGUUCUAAAGUACAUAUGAUGUUGACCGGACAAUGCAAGGGAAAAAUAUGACGUGUGCUUUAGUCAAUUGCACGUCUGCUGGUGUGUUCUGAGAUAGUGAGCUUCUUGUACUCCGUUUGAUAAUGACUGGUGAUUGCCUACGUAUGUAGGGACAGGGCAGGAUGUACAAAAGCCUAGCCACAGACUGGCAGCAGUCACGAUCUACCUGGCCUUCUUUGCGUGCACUAAGUUGACAAAUAUAGUAUUAGUAGCCAAGAAAUUCUGUGUGAAGGGGAAUUUUACAGGCAAGGCUAAUAACAA